AUGUCAUUUCUCCUACUGUGUCCUAAGAGCUUGUUCAGCGUGCUGUUGAGGCACAUUAGAUUAUAUCAGUUCAACACUGGAAAUUCACCCAAGACGUUUUUCCAGGCUCUCUGGUGUCUGCUGUUGGGAAUAAUCCUACUUUCCUCUCCAGCACUUUGUUCUGUUUUUAAAAUUGGACUGCUCGGCCCCUGGCACUGUGACCCCUUCUUUUCCAAAGCCUUUCCCCACGUGGCUGCCAGGUUAGCAGUGGAACGAAUAAGCAAAGAUCCUUCCUUAGAUCUUGGCCACAGGCUGGAUUAUGUGGUCCUGCAAGAAGAAUGUGAGACAUCAAGAGCUUUGGUUAGAUUCAUUGACUUUGGAAAGCUUUCCUCAGCUUUCGUAGGCCCUUUGAACCCUGGCUUCUGUGAGGUGGCUACACUUUUAGGGGAAAACUGGAAUAAAGCCAUCUUCUCAUGGAUGUGCAUCAAUUAUAAACUGGAUUCCACCAUCCACCACCCUAUAUUCGUAAGGACCCUGCCCUCUCCAACCCGAGUUUUGUUUACAAUAAUGAAAUAUUUUAACUGGGCUCAUGUUGGCAUCAUUGCUUCCAAUGAGGAUAUUUGGAUGGACACAGCCAACAAGUUAGCGAGUGCUCUCAGGAACCAGGGGCUUCCUGUAGGCAUUGUUACAUCUGUGCGUAAAGGAGAAAAAGGCAUUGAAGACACCUGGAAUGAGAUUAAAGCAGUUGCCGGCAUUAGAAUUAUACUCCUGUGCAUGCAUUCUGUGCUCAUUGGAGGAGAGGAACAGGCCAACUUACUCACAAAAGCUCUGGAAAUGGGACUAGCAGAUGGAAGAUACGUCUUCGUUCCAUACGACACUUUGCUAUACAGUCUUCCUUACCAAAACAACUCAUUCAACGUCUUUGAUAAUAACAGCAAGCUCCAGGAAGCAUAUGAUGCUGUGCUGACAAUCACACUGGCGUCUGGAGAAAGGACUUUCUAUGAUGCAUUCAGGGAAGCUAAAGAAAGUGGUGAAAUUACCAGGGAUUUGGAAGCCAGCCAGGUUUCUCCACUUUUUGGAACAAUCUAUGAUGCCAUUUACUUCAUGGCAAUGGCUAUAGACAGUGCUCGGCGGAAAGGAGUCAGAAUCUCAGGAGCUCACAUAGCUGAGCACACAAAAAACUUCAGUUUCCCUGGAUUUAGUCACCGGGUAGAGACAGACCACUGUGGGAAGGGGAUGAGCAACUAUGUGGUACUGGACACAGAUGGUGGUGGGAACCAGCUCUUCCCAACCCACUUGCUGGACUUGUCUUCAGACUCUGUGAAUUCCCUGGGCCGGGACAUCCACUUUCCCAGCGGAGCUCCACCCAAGCCAGACUCCAGUUGUUGGUUUGACCCAGAUGUUCUCUGCAAUGGAGGCAUUGAGCCUACAGUCAUGAUUUUGGGAGUAAUGCUGAUAUUUGCCCUGGUGCUUUGUGCUGUGGGCCUGACUUCUCUCAUCAGGCAUAGUAUCUUGAACAGCCAGCUAUUCAAGGGACCUAACAAGAUAAUACUGACCUUGGAUGACCUCGUCUUCAUCAACCCAGAACUACAUAAAAAGAGACUGACCUUGGACAGUCUGACUGAUGCAAACAGCGUAGCAGCGGAUGGCAGAAGCUUGAAAUCUGUAACCCGCUCCUUUUCCUUGAAAAGUGCAGCUGCCACCCAUGAAACCUCCAAUGUGGGUUUGUAUGAGGGAGACUGGGUGUGGCUGAAAAAAUUUGAGAUGGGAGCCGUUCACAAUCUGCGGCAAAGCUCCACCGGCAUCUUGAGGAAGAUGAAAGAUCUGCGUCAUGAAAAUGUGAAUCUGUUCCUGGGCUUUUUCUCUGACUGUGGCAUCUUUGCCAUCGUGACAGAGUACUGCUCCCGAGGAAGCCUGGAGGACUUGCUGAGAAACGAAGAUAUGAAACUGGAUUGGAUGUUCAAGUCCUCUCUCGUGAUGGAUCUAAUUAAAGGAAUUAGAUAUUUACAUCACCGAGAUUUUGCCCAUGGACGUCUCAAGUCUCGUAACUGUGUUGUGGAUGGCCGGUUUGUGCUGAAGAUCACUGACUAUGGUUAUAAUGAGCUCUUAGAAGCACAGAAAUGCCCGUAUGUUCAGCCACCUCCAGAAGAAUUGCUCUGGACGGCUCCUGAGCUACUGAGGGACCCGGACAUGUGCAGGAAAGGCACGUUCAAAGGGGACAUUUACAGCUUUGCAAUCAUCCUACAAGAAGUGGUUGUUCGGGGUCCACCAUACUGCAUGUCAGAACUCUCAGCUGAAGAAAUUAUAAAGAAAGUGAAGAAGCCCCCUCCCCUGUGCCGCCCAAACAUAGCCCCUGAGUUGGCCCCCCUGGAGUGCAUCCAGGUAAUGAAGCAAUGCUGGGGUGAAGCCCCCGAGCGACGUCCAACUUUUGAGGAGGUAUUUCAUAAGUUCAAAACCAUCAACAAAGGGAAAAAGACCAAUAUCAUUGACUCAAUGCUCAGGAUGCUUGAGCAGUAUUCGAGCAACCUGGAAGAUUUAAUCAGGGAGCGAACUGAAGAGCUGGAGAUUGAAAAACAGAAGACAGAAAAACUACUGUCACAAAUGCUCCCCCCAUCGGUGGCAGAAGCCCUCAAGACUGGUGGCACUGUGGAGCCGGAGUAUUUUGACCAGGUGACCAUCUACUUCAGCGACAUCGUGGGCUUCACAACCAUUUCAGCCCUCAGUGAACCCAUUGAAGUCGUUGACCUUCUGAAUGACCUUUACACGCUGUUUGAUGCUGUUCUUGGAAACCAUGAUGUUUACAAGGUGGAGACAAUUGGUGAUGCCUACAUGGUUGCCUCAGGGCUCCCAAAACGGAAUGGAAACAAGCACGCGGCUGAGAUAGCCAACAUGUCCCUGGACAUCCUCAGCUCGGUGGGAACAUUCAAAAUGAGACACAUGCCAGACAUCCCCCUCAGGAUACGAAUCGGGCUCCACACAGGGCCUUGCGUGGCUGGCGUGGUGGGGCUCACCAUGCCACGGUACUGCCUCUUUGGAGACACGGUGAACACGGCGUCACGAAUGGAGUCCACGGGCCUGCCUUACAGAAUUCAUGUCAGCCAAAGUACAGUGGAUACGCUGCGGAGUCUAAACGAAGGCUAUGAAAUCAUACCUAGGGGAAAAACAGAACUGAAGGGUAAAGGAGUAGAAGACACAUAUUGGUUAGUUGGGAAAAAAGGCUUCCUGAAGCCCUUACCUAAACCUCCUGAAAUAAAACCAGGCUUCAACUGGACAGAUGUACUGACCAGGAAACUCAAAUUUGUCCUGAGGGGCACAAAGAAGACACUGACAAAAGCAACCUUUAAAGAGCUGGGGAGCAUGAAGGAGGCCGGAAUAAGCAUUGAAGAGGAUGAACUCUGA